GUGGAAGGGCAGCCCAAUGGUGACACGAUCCCAGCUGAGCAGGCCGGGCCCUCCGAAGCCUCUGGAGCUGCUGGGAGUUGUCAGAGUGAGCAGAUAGUGCAGAAAAUAGAGGAAGUGCUCUCCGGAGCCCUCGGGACAGAGCUGCAGUGCAACCCAGAUGUAGACAAAAAUACUGUGAAAAAUAGUACUCAGUCUACAAAAAGGAGCUCUACAGGUGAAGAUGAAAUUCCUAGAAAAAAAGCAAAGAAAAACAAGAAGCACAAAAGCAAGAAGAAGAAGAAAAAGAAGAAGAAAAGGAAGAAAGAGAAGAAGCAUAAAAAGCAACCAAAGGAAUCCAAGUUGAGUGCGCGUCCCGGAGAGCCUGCAGGCGUGCAGCCAGCCCCUCCCUUGGUGCCAGAGCAGUCCAGCUCCCAGGUGAAUGUACAGCAAGGAGUGUUUGCAGAGGCAAACCUGGCUGGCCAUGUGCAGCCAGAACUGUGCUCCAAACCUGCUGAGGGGCUUGAUAAUCAAGCUUUAGGACUUGUUUCUCAUUCAGUGACUGAUUCUCAGCAAUCUGCAGAAAAUCUUGGAAGUGGGGAGGGGACUUUGUGUGCAGCAAAUCCUCCAUUUAAUUUAGAAAGUAUCCAGUCUAAUAUCCCAGAAAAUACUAGUAUAGCUCAAACUAGAAUUUGCACUAGCGAAGAACAAAUUCAACAGUCACAUGAAAAUAUUUAUCCUGUAGCUAUUAAUGCCAGUGUUGUUGAUACUGGAAAUAAUACUUGGUCCAGCAUCCCAUCUGGAGUUGUCAAUAAAUCAGAGAUUCAGAAAGAUUCAGUAGAAGCACUGGGAGGUACAGAAGUCACUCUGAAAUCUCAAAGCAUUGGGGAAGUAAAAGCUUCGGACGCAGCUCUGGAGCCUGAGGCCAUGGAGGUGUUGACUUACUCGGAAGUUUCUCAUCAGUCUGUGUCUCCCAGGGCAGCACAGGGGUUAGGAACAGCUUCAGAAUCCGUGUCCUUGGCAAGUGGUGUGACAGCAACCCCUACACCUGCAAAUUGGGCACAUCCAGGUGCUGUGACUGUAGCUCACAUGGCUGUGCCUGGGCAAGAAGUGAAAAUUCCAGAAACAGCUGAAAAACCUCUACAUGUGGGAAAUGUGAGAAGUGUGGAGAGACCUUUGGAACUGGGGGGUGCGAGCAGAACUUUGGAGCCAUCCCUGCAGCCCUCGGUUAUGUCUGGGAGUUUGAGCAUGACCCAGGGCAGCCCUCUGGAGGCUUCCAGUGUUCUGAAAGCAGGUGUACCUUUGCAGCAUCCUGUGACAGUAUCUGCAGCCACCCCUGUGACCCACGUGGAAAUAAGUGCCAAAACACCUCCAGGACCAGGAGCUGUUACAAAAAUGAAGGAUAUGGAACCAGCUGUGGGGAGCGUGAAAGCUUUAGAAACAACCAUGGAACCUGUUGUAGCAAAAGAUGUUAGAGCAGCUCAUGAAAGUGUGCAAGGCAGAAGUGUGGAAGGAACCACUGGUUCUGCAACAGCAGUGGGUGCAUCAGGAGUGUUCCUACAGCAUGGAGUCUUGGCAGAAACAAGGAGUGUGGACAGAACCCAGGGAUCUGCACUUCCAGCAGGAUUGACAGGUAUGAACGUGGUUGCAGAGACAAGAGGAUUAGGAGCAACUUCAGAACCUGCAGCAGUUGUACAGACCUUCAUUCCCCAAACAGCUCCACAAGUCCACACGGCAGAGGGUUUUAGAAGUCCACAAGCAAAAGAUCCAGAAGGUACUUCAUUGCUGAGAGAAUCAAGACCUGAGAGUGAAUCACAUGUGAGAGGUUUGGCACCUUGCCUGUCUUUGCAGAAGGAAAACACACAAGGUGCAGGAGGAGUCCUGAGACCAGUGCCUGGGGUGGAAGCAAAACCUUUCACAACAGCUUCAGUGUCCUUACAAGUAGAAGGUGUGAAAGCUUCAGAAGAAGCUGUGCAUUGUGGGACUGUUGCAAGUCCAGGACUUCCUGCCUUAGAAAGGACUCCUGAACCUGUGGUUGCUUGUGAAAGCGUGGAACCAGUUAGAGAGGCUGAGGCAUCUGCAGGGGUGGUGCCAUGGCAAGCCACAGCAGAGAGAGAAGCUCUCCGUGCAAGCCAGACCCAGAGUUCCAUCAUUGCACAGUCACAGAUGGUGACACACACAGAGCCCUCACACACUGAGGUGCUGAGGAAGAGAAGGGAUUCGGAGCACGUUCCAGAAGCAGACACAAGGAGCAGAGAAGCAGUCCUAGAAACUGUGCAAAUGUCAGAAACCGGUUCAAAAUCUAUUCAGGAACAAAGAGUAGGUCAUUCAGCAGCAGUGUUGGAGUCUUUGCCCAGAGUGGAAGAAAACACUAUGGCAGCAGGAGUACUGACAGAUAUGCAAACUCAGGGAUCUACUGGAGAACAUGAAAUUGCAGCAAGGAGGACCAGCACACAAGGGAAUGAGCUCUCAGAAAUGGAGAAAGCAAAAUAUCUGGAACCAGCAUCAGAAGCUGGAGGAAUGAGGUGGCUAGAGAGAACAACAGAGUCUGCAACAGUAGAGGUGAAAGGUUCUGAAACAGGUGAAAAGCUUGAGGUACCCAUGGGUGAUGCUUCAGCAGCUGUUCCAGAAUACUUGCAUGCUGAAAAGCAGCAAGAUCUUCAAGUAGUUCUAGAAGCAAAACCUGCUGCAGAAUGGAAGAGUUCAGAAGAGGCUCCAGAAAUCUUGGGUGUUUCUGAAACAAAACCUUCUGAAGCAGUUCCAAAACCAGGGGAUGUGAAAGGCCAGGAAACCACACUGGAACAUGAAGUGACAGCCGAGGUACAAUAUGUAGAAGGAGUACAGGGUCAACAGGUGGAGGAUAUGGUGAUUGAGAAGGAAGAUGCAGAAGAGACUCAAACUUCUGAGCCUUCAGUAGCAGAAACAGUUUUAAGUUCUUCACAUACAGCAGAGGAAAAAGUUUCAGCAGGGACUCCUGUAGCAGAAACACAAGAUUUGGAAACAGCUCCUCGGACUGAUGUAGAGCUGAAAGAUGCAGAAGCAGCUGCAGGGUUGGAGGCAGAGACAAAAGAUUUGGAAGCAGGUCCAGCACCUGAGACUGAUGCAGAAGCAGGUCCAGAACUUAUAGAGGAAGGCCAGUUGGAAGACACUCCAGAGGCUGAGGAUGUCAAAGAAGCAACUCCUGAGGAGGACUCAGAGAAAAGAGACUCAGAAACAUCCGAUGUGCAGCCUGAUGUGGCAGCACGAAUGAAGGAGACUCUCAUGAGGCUUGAGAAUGUUGUUGAAAAAAGUAGUCAUAGAACCAGUGAGAAAAAACAUGAUUCAAAGAAACAGAAAAGGAGCCGUUCCAAGUCUCAGUCCAGGUCUAGGAAGCGGAAGAAAAAAUCACGGUCACGUUCCACCUCCAGGCGUUUGACCUCUAAAAGAGCGCGUUCUAGGAGCAGAAACUAUUCGGUUUCCAGAAAAAAGCAUUCCAAAUCUAGGUCCCGCUCUGUGGAGAAGAGAGAGAGAAGAUUGUCUUCCCGGCGGUCCAGGCGCAGACAUUCUAGGUCAUCUGACCGCUACAGGUCUAAAUCCAGAUCAGCAGAAAAGAGAUUGUCCAGACGGAGACGCUCCAGGUCGUCUGACCACUACAGGUCUAAAUCCAGGUCAGUGGAGAAGCGAUUGUCCUCCCGAAGGUCCAGACGCAGACGCUCCAGGUCCUCUGACCGCUACAGAUCCAAGUCCAGGUCCGUGGAGAAGCGAUUGUCCUCCCGAAGAUCCGGGCGAAGACGUUCCAGGUCUUCCGACCGCUACAGGUCUAAGUCACGGUCGGCAGAAAAGCGAUUGUCCUCCCGAAGAUCCGGGCGCAGACGCUCCAGGUCCUCUGACCGCUACAGAUCCAAGUCCAGGUCAGCCGAGAAGCGAUUGUCCUCCCGAAGGUCCGGGCGAAGACGUUCCAGGUCUUCCGACCGCUACAGAUCCAAGUCCAGGUCAGUGGAGAAGCGGCUGUCCUCCCGCAGAUCCGGGCGCAGACGUUCCAGGUCGUCCGACCGCUACAGGUCUAAGUCACGGUCAGCAGAAAAGAGGUUGUCCUCCUGGCGAUCCCGCCGCAGACAUUCCAGGUCCUCCGACCGUUCAAAAUCGAGAUCCAGGUCUUCAGAAAAGGGAGGAGGCAAAGAGUACUCCUGGAGGUUCAGGAAUCGGUCUGGUUCCUCUGAUGGUUCAAAAUCCAGGUCCAGAUCUGUUGAGAAAAGAGGUCGGAAGGCGUCUGUGCGGAGGUCCAAACGUCAGCGCUCAAAGUCCUCGGAUCGCUACAAGUCUCGGUCCAGGUCGGUAGAAAAAAGGGAUCGAAAGCAAUCGUCGCGGAAAUCUAAACGUCAGCGCUCCAAGUCCUCUGACCGCUACAAGUCUAGAUCCAAAUCUGUGGAAAAAAAGAAAGAAUCCUCGCGAAAAUCCAAGCGUCGACGCUCAAAAUCUUCUGAGCGUUACAAGUCUAGGUCUAAGUCUGUGGAAAAAAAGCGCAAGGAGUCUUCAAAAAAAUCCAAGCGGAAACGUUCCAAGUCCUCUGACAGUGUUAAGUCAAGGUCCAAGUCUGUAGAAAAAAAAGAUAAGUCAUCCUCAGCAAAGUCCAGUAGCAAGCAUGAAUCUUCUGAACUUCAGGAGGCAGCCAAAGGUCUUGAUGAAGAUGUUCCUCAGUCUUCUUUUGGAAGCGAUGAUAAAUCCUCUAAUGGUCCCACAUCAGUAGCUUUGUCUGAUGGAGUAAAUGGCCCAGUUCUGCCACCAUCAUUUGGAAGUGGAUUAUCCAAAACUUCAGAGAGCGUUGAGGAAAGGUCCUCAUCUGUUGAAAAAACAGCAGAUCUGCAGCAUUCUGCCACAUCUGAACUUGAUACCUCCAAAACCCCAGAUGACCAGGAACUGAGAUCCACAUCGGUGGAAAAAACACAGGAUUCAGAGCUGUCUGUGACAUCUGAAAACGGAUCAACUGAAAAAGCAGCAGCUCUGGAGUCUUCAUUGCUACCUGAACUUCCAUACUCCACAUCCAAGUCAAGAUCCUCAUCUGUUGAAAAAAGAGGAGAUCUAGAAACUUCUUCAGUAGCAGAAUUUCAUGUCUCUGCAUCCCGUGAAGGUGAGUCCAGAACUGCACCUCUCAAAGAAGUAGAAGGUCCAGAGCUUCCUCCAGCACUGAAAAGAGAGAUGGAACUUCGGUCAUCCCUCCUGUCUGAAGGUGGAGUGUCCAGCUUGUCUGAUGGUCACGAUUCACAGCAUAUCCCUGGUGAGCACAGAGAGCUCUCGCAGGUUCUGCACGUACCUGAACGUGAGUCUUCCCAGCUGGCUGACAGCCCUGGAGCCGUGGAAGCUCAGAGGCCUUUCCUGCCACCGGAGAUGAUCCGCCCUGUGAUCCCUGAUGGCUGUGAGUCAGGCCAGAGGCAGGAGCCUUCUCUGCCUUCUGACAGUGGACAUUUUGUGUCUCCUGAUGGACAUGGAUCAGGAUCCAGCUUUGCUGCACCAACAGAUCAGCAUCCAUUGUCUGUAGGCGAGUCUUUUAAGUCACCACAUGGAAAUGAACAAAGAUUUUUAUCUGUAGAAAAAGUCAAGACUCCAGAUGUUUCCCUGACAUCUGUGUGUGGUUCUGUUGAGGUGUCUGCUGACGUCAUUUCAGUGUCUUCUUUUGAAGUUCAUGAGUCCAGACCAUCUGUUGACAAAGCUUUAGAUGGUCCAACACUUCCACAAGUGCUUGAGGUUGACUGCUCCAGAUCUUCAGAAAUGCACGAAUCAAGAUACCUGACUGGAAAAAUAGACGGUGCAGGAUCUUUGGUGAUGUCUAAAAGUGGGAUUCCCAUAUGCCACGAUGGCCACAAAGCAAAGUACAACUCCUUUGAGCAAACAGAGAGUGCAGACCUGUCCGUGGCAUCUGAGCUCCGGUGUUCCAUCUUGCCUGAAGGCUAUAAAUUGACAUCUGCUGCAGUUGAAAAAGUGGAGAUCCAGAAGCCUUCUCUCUCACUGGAAAGUGGCUUCUCCGUGUCUGCUGAUGGCUGUGAAUCAGUGGGCACACCUGAAAAACUACAGCCCCCAGUGGCUGCUGUGCCAUCAGAAGGUGGGGUUCUGCUGUUGCCCGACAGUCAUGAGCAGAGACCUGUCCCUGCAGAGAAAGCAGAAAUGCUGAAUUCAUCUGAACUGAAACACCUGGCAUCCCCUGAUGGCUACAAGCUGAGAUCUGCCUACAGUGAAGAAGUGCAGGAGCCCAUUGUGGUACGGGAACGCAGGUGUUCUGUUGCCUCCGAUGGUCAUGAGUUGGCAUCCACCACUUCUGAAAGAGCUGAGGAGCUUUCUCAAGUGUGUGAAAAUGAGUACACAGUAGGGCUUGAUGGUCUGGAGUUGACGUCAACCCCUGCUGAAAAAACGGAGCUGCGGAAGCUUUAUCAGAUGCCUGAAGAAAGAUGUCUGGAGUCCAUCGACAGCCAGGACCUGCAGUCACCCUCUGCUGAAGAGACACAGAUCCAACAGCCUGCUCUGGUGUCUGAAAAUGAUCAUGCCGUGUCCUGGGUGGGCCAGGAGUUGAGGGCCAGCUCUCCUGAGAAGGCAGAGAUGCAGGAGGAGGCUGUGGUUCCAGAACCAGAAGUGCAGGAGCAUUCCCUGCUGCCUGAAAGUGAAUAUGGUGAGUCUCCUGAGGGCCAGGAGGUGGCUGAGGCCAGCCCUGCUGAGAAGGACCUGCAAGAACCUUCUCUGACACCUGGCAGGGAAUGUUCCAUCUUCCAUCAAGGCCAGAUACUGCAGUCUGGCCCCACCAAAAGCACAGCAGUGCAGCAACCAGUGCUGGUGCAUUAUGCUGUAUCUCCUGAGGGGCAGGAGGUGCAGGACUGUUCUGUGCUGUCUGAAAACGAGUACGAAGCAUCCCCCAAAAGGCGUCAUUUGGGAUCCAGUCCAGUUGAAAAAGAACUGGAGGAACAUUCUGAAGCAUCUGAAAGUGAAAGUUCAAUAUCCAGUGAUAGCCAGGAGUUGCAGCCUGCUGUUGCUGGAAAAACAGAGGGGCAGGAGUUGUCCUUGUCUGAAGGAGAGUGUUCCAUGACUCCUGAAGGUCAGGAGCUGCAGUCCAGCCCUGCUGAAAGAGUUCGUGCCAAGGAACCUUCUCUGACAUCUGAACAUGCUCGGUCACCUGAAGAGCGUGAGUCGAGAUUGGAGCGUGCUGAGGAGGCAGAGGGUGUGGAUUCUGCUGUGGCAGCUGAACGUGACCAUCUCUUUUUUGAGAGCCAGGAGGUGAGCUUCACCUCUCUUCAGAAAGCAGAUGUGCGGGACCGUUCUCCAACACCUGAAAAUGAACAUGGAGCAUCUCCUGAAGGGCAGGAGUUGAGAUUCACCACUGUUGAAAAAGUAGAUGGUCUUGAACCUUUGACAGUGAACGAUAGAGCCUCCAUGUCCCCUGAUGGCAGCGACUUGAAUUCCAUCCCGGCUGAAAAAAUGGAUCAUGCAAUGCCUUCUUUAUUGCCUGAAGGGCGCUCGGUGUCUCCUGAUAACUGCAGUGUGGGCCCUGGAGAAGAAACGGGGGAUCUGGAGCCCUCUGUGAGAUCUGAGCGUAGAGACUCCACAUCCUCCUGUCAGGAAGGUCAUGAGCCAAGGUCUCCCAUGGAGGAAGAGGGUCUGGAGUCCUCUGUGACUUCUGAACAUAGACAGUCCCUGUCCCCUGAGGGCCAUGACCAGAAGUCUAUUGCAGAUGAAGAAAUGGAUGAUCUGGAGAGGCAUUCCACUUCUCCUGAUGAGCACGAGUCAAGAUCUAGCACUGGUGAAGAAGCAGAGGAUCUGGAGCAGCCUUUGACAACAGAACGUAGGUGCUCUGAGUCCUCUGAUGAGCACGAGUCAAGGUCAACCACUGGAGAAGAGGCAGAGGACGCAGAGACCUCCUUGGCAGCUGGAAGAAGAGAUUCCGUAUCCUCUGAUGACCAUGAGUCGAGGUCUGCUGCUGGGGAAGAUGUAGAAGAUGGGGAGCCCUCCUUGACAGCUGAACGUAGACACUCCACAUCUUCUGAUGACCACGAGUCAAGGUCUUCAGCUGAUGAGGAAGCAGAGGAUGUGACAGCUGAUCGUCGCUCUGUGUCUCCUGAUGGACGUGAGUCAAGGUCCACGGUUGGUGAGGAAGCAGAGGACCAGGAGAUCUCUUCGACAGCUGAGCGUAGACACUCCACGUCUUCAGAUGAGCAGGAGUCAAGGUCUACUGCUGGUGAAGAUGCAGAGGAUGUGGAACCCUCCUCGGCAGCUGAACAAAGAGAUUCCACCUCCUCGGACGAGCAAGAGUCAAGGUCUACUGCCGGUGAAGAAGCUGAGGAUGCGGAACCUCUGACAGCUGAACACAGGCGUUCCGCAUCCCCUGAUGGGGCUGAAUCGAGGUCUACCACUGCUGAAGAGGAAGGAGAGGAUGCAGAGCCCUCCUUGACAGCUGAACAAAGAGAGUCCACCUCGUCAGAUGAGCAUGAGUCAGAGUCUUCCAGUGGUGAAGAGGAGGGAGAGGAGGCAGAACCCUCUUUGGCAGAUGAGGAAAAGCAGGAUUCCGUGCCUCUUGAGCAGUCAGAGGAGCAGGACUCUUCCUUUGUCCCUGAAAGCAGACGUUCUGAGUCUUCCGAGCGUGAAAAAUCCAGAUCUAAAUCUGUGGAUAAAGCAUCUGACAAGGAGUCUCCACAGAGAUCUGUAAGCAGGCACUCAAAGUCUCCUGCUCCCCAGAAGAGUCGAUCCACAUCUGUGGAGAAAACAGCAGACAAAGAGUCCGUGCGGAGGUACAGACGGAGACGCUCCAGGUCCACGGCUCGCCAGAGGAGCCAGUCAACCUCUGUGGAGAAAACAGCAGACAAGGAGUCCUCACGCAGGUCCCGGCGGAGACGCUCCCGGUCCGCUGCUCGCCAGAGGAGCCAGUCCAAGUCUGUGGAGAAAGCAGCAGACAAGGAAUCCUCGCGCAGGUCCAGGAGCCGGCGCUCCAGGUCCUCCCAGCGCCGCUCCAAGCAAAUGCAAGAAGAUUGCUCAGAGCACUGAUGAUGUGAUAGUGAACAAGCCUCACGUUUCUGAUGAGGAGGAGGAGGAACGUCCUUUCUAUAACCAUCCUUUCAAGCUGAGUGAACCCAAACCUAUCUUCUUCAAUUUAAGUACUCCCAGCAUAAAACCAGCACCACCACCCCAACCAAAAAACCAGGUCAGCCUGUCCAAGGAGUUCCCUGUGUCCUCUGGGUCUCAGCAUAGGAAGAAGGAGGCAGACAGUGUGUAUGGAGAGUGGGUGCCCGUGGACAAGAACGGCAAGGACGACGGCAAGGACGACGUUUUCCCCAAGCCAGCCAUUGAGUGUGUGGACAUAACCACAGCCAUGAACGACAGAGCCGUGGCCCAGAAGAGGCUCAAUGAGAACUCCUUUGACCUGGAGGCCAUGUGCAUGCUGAACCGGGCACAGGAGCAGAUCGAUGCCUGGGCUCAGUCCAACUCCAUCCCCGGGCAGUUCACGGGCAGCACGGGCGCGCAGAUCCUGUCCUCGGACGAGCUCACCAACAGCGGCCCCCAGGCGUGGAUCCGAAAGGAUCAGUUCUUAAGAGCAGCCCCUGUGACGGGAGGAAUGGGAGCUCAGCUGAUGAGGAAGAUGGGCUGGAGAGAAGGAGAAGGCCUUGGCAAGAACAAGGAAGGCAGCGUUGAGCCCAUCAUGGUGGACUUUAAGACAGACCGAAAAGGAUCCCCUGCAAUGCCCUUGCUGGCAGGCAGCCACGGGGUCUGUGUCCCUAAGAAGGAGCUGCCCAGAGUGUGCCUGGGGCAGGCACGGCCCCCUCGCUAACCCCUGGUUCCCCCGUGCCAGGUGAGAGUCAAUGGCAACGAGUACAGGCCCACCUUUGCCAGCCUUAACAAGAAGCACGCGAAAGCCACGGCGGCCACGGCGGCGCUGCAGGCCAUGGGACUCGUACCAAAGGAAAGCAUGGUCAAUACCACCAUGUUCAGGAGUGCCUCACACCGCUAAGCUUGGCUUUACUGGGACACUGGUUCUGAGCAUUUUACUCUGCACAACAAAUGGUAUUUGCCCCUCUCAUGUUGUAAAUACAUCGGCGAUUCCCACCUUGUAAAAACUGUACAGACACCCGCAGGUUUUUUCUUUUGUACCAUCCAAAUGUAUUUAAAUCAUACUUAGUUUUUGGUAUGUUUAUAUUGUUUACAUUAGUGAUGUAAUUAUUUCUUAAACGACUAAAUCAGACGACAGACUCUGGAGGCAUCAGAAAUCCAGACCCUUGGCUGAAGCUCCUGCAGUUCCUCUCCUGUCAGAGCGUUGACCCUUUCUUUGAUACAGUUUUGUAGUGGCUGCAGAGUCCCCUGGGCUCGGGGGUGCUGGGGACACCCUGGGGCCGUGCCCGGGCGCUGCCCCUCGGUGCCACCCUGGGGCACAGCCUGGCCCAGCCCCCCAGGGGCUGCAAUUCCCAACCAGUGAAUCCACUGCCUGAUGCUGAUUGUACGGAUUUGUGGUUCAUGUGAAUUUUAAACUCUUUAACAAAUCUACAACUGGAUUUGGGGGGAGGGAGGGGGUAGAAUGACGCUUCAAUUGUUGUACCCAACUUGGUCAAUAAAGCAGCACAAGUUCAUAAUCUUCACCCCUGGUCAGUAAGCAGUGAUUGCGAGGGAUGCCAAGCCAGGAAACAGGAAUUUAAACUCGCCAAAAUGCCUUCUGCAAGGAACACACACGUACAGAAGUGGCUUUGUGAGGAUUCCCAACAGCCUUUGGGAUGGCAGGAGCAGGUCAGGUGGUUUUUGUUAGUUUUGAACUUUUACAAAAUAACUCCUUGGGAUGCAAUGUUCAGGAUAAGGAUCCUCUGCCCUCAAGGAGCCUGAUGCAGAGUUUGGGCAGUUGGACAGCAGAGAGGAUGUGGAAAGCUUUUCCUGCUUUUUAUUCUUUAUUUAAGAAGCAUUAAUCUUUGAUCUGUGUGCACCCUUCCUGAGGGAUCUGAGUUAGGGGCGGGCUGCCGGCAUUCCUGCACUGGGGUCCUUCAGGGGCUUGUCCCAGACGAGUCCUUGUGAGCUGUGAACCUGAGCAAACCCAGCCAGGGACCCUGUGGCCAUGGGGGUCCCUGGAGCUGAGGAGUCCCUGGAGCCCUGUGGGUCCCGUCAGGGUCACAGAACGCGGAGUCUCCUUGCUCUGCAGGGACAAGGCUUGGUGUUCCCUGUGCAGCAGGGAGUUGGGCUUGGUUUGGAGGCACAAAAGCCCCUGUGAGUCUGUCCAAGCGCUCCGAAAAUGCUUCAGUUGAUCUUCAUUUCAUGGACGUUGUUGUCUUGAAUUAAACUUUUUUCCCUUUGGCA